CUCGAAGCGGCGCCAAGUGGAAUGGCACGACGGGUGCGGCCCCGCCCCGCGGCCGUGCCAACCAAAUCGUUGCUGGGAAAACCAGUGCAUGCCAAGACCACUGCAUUAAGCAACCAGUGUAAUAUCGAGCCGCUGGUUGCGCAGAGCCUGGCGUCUGGCACACUCGACCUUGCGGCUGCGGCCGACACGAUCGACGACGUGGCUCUCGUAGCAAUUGCGGGCCGCCUCGCGCCGCAUGCAGCGUCCAUGCACAACCUUGUGCUCUCUGGCUCGGAGCGCAUCUCAGCGAUUGGCAUGCGCUCGGUAGCCCACGCAUUGGGGAGCGAGCUUCGGCGACUGGUGUACGCACACGUGCCCGUGCAGCACGACGUCCUCAAAGUGCUCACCACGCGCAUUGAGGUGCUCGAAGACGUCGACUUUUCAUGUUCGCCCAACUUGUCUGGUGAAGCGAUCCGCGAGUUCAUUCCAUGCUGCAACCGAUCGCUGCGAAUAUGCAACCUCUCGUAUUGCCCCAUGGUCACUGACGAUGCACUGUGCUGGCUGGCGGGAACGAUCGGCGCUCAAGGUGGGCUCACGCAGUGCCGAAAGCUUCGGUCCCUGAAUUUGGCCCAAACCCUCGCCAUCACAGACCGAGGCCUAUGUGCACUUGCCGUCGGGUGCCGCGCACUGCAGUUUCUCAACCUCGAAGGACUCUUGCAUGUGACAGACAUUGGCUUGACGCAGCUUGCACGCGGCUGCAAGCAACUGCGGGUCGUCCAUCUCAAGCGCUGCGUUCAGGUUUCGGACAUUGGUGUCACCGCUCUUGGCAAGCACUGUCCCAAGCUCCAGAGUAUGAACCUUUGUGGCGUGGUGCUCUUGACAACGUCGGGGCUGACACAAUUGGUAUCCCAUGCGCGCGCGCUUCAGGUCCUGGAUGUCCAAGGUUGCAGCUUGCUAACAGAAGAAGCGCUAUGCAUUCUCGCCACGGCGCUGCCAGCUCUGCAGCACCUCAACGUGACGGGGUGUCAGCAAAUUACUGAAAACGGACUUCGAACUCUUGCGACGCACCUUCCGUUCGUGCAACUGGCGACGACCUUUCGAGGCCUCGAGCCGAAAACCAACGCCACGGAGCUCAAGUUUGCGCACCACAAGUCGACGAUUGCGCACUCGGCGGCCCUCCGCCUUCAGGCGUGGUACCGUGGGCACCUCGGGCGGCGCAUUGCAACCUCGUGGCGCCACGUCAUGGUUGAAACGCCCGCCGCUAACGUCAUUCGGCGCGCCUACUAUCGACAUCGGCUUCGGACCGAACUUGCGCGGCGCGUCGCUCACACCGAAUACAUUGCUCGCCUCGUGGCACGCAUCCAAGCACUUGUGCGAGGCGUCCUCGUGCGCACACGCAUCCAGCGCGAGCUCGAUGAAGCGUAUGCCCACACGGUCGCUACACGCGCGGCCAAGCGCAUUCAAACUCGCUUUCGUGGCUUUCGCAUUCGGCGACAAGUCAACCCUGUUAAUGUGGCCCUCGCGCGCAUGUACAUGCGCUUUGCCGAGGAGCGUCGAGCGCGAUGUGCCGUGCGCGUCCAGCGUUGCUACCGCCGUCGACUGAACCGGUGUCGACUCUCGGAGGUUGUGGGGCUGGCCCAGCGCUGGCGGCAGCAGUGCCACGACGCCGCGACGAAGCUCCAGCGGCUUUUCCGCGCCCGGGCAGCGCGCGCACUCACGCGGAGUCUUCAGCGCGAGCUCGAGGCGCGCCGAGCGUGGAAGGCGCAUUGCGUCAACAUGGCGAUCAAACUCCAGUCCCAUUGGCGGCGGCAUGCAUCCUGGCGUCACUUGCAGCGCGCGCGCUUGGAGUUCGCGCGGCAACAAGCCAUCUUGGCAGCAGCUGCGACGCGCAUCGAGGCGCUCGUGCGCGGCUGGUUUGGCCGCCGCGCCGCCCAUGCGCGACGCGACCAAGUCGCGUCCUGGCACGCGGCAGCGGCGACGAUCCAGCGGGCAUGGCACGCCUAUCUACACCCGACGCAUGGCACGGUCGAGUACUCCAAGCUCGUCUCGGACAUCAAGUGGCAGCUGCACCUGGAAGCGGCCGAGGCCGAAGCCCGAAAAGACGCCCUUCUCGAGCGGGAACGGCAGGCGGCGAUGCGGGACUCGGCGUCCGAGGCCGACAGUGAAGACGAUUGGUACGAGCAAGAGGCUUCGUUUUGGUUUUCGCCGUCUCGGAACGAACGCGAGUGGACGCGCCCGAACCGCUUCGCCCGCGAGAAGAGCCUCGUCGGCGUCUCCAUCCGCGUCUUUUGGCCGCUCGAGGACGCGUGGUUCGAAGGGGUCAUCACAAAAUUCUGUGCGUCGCGCGUCAAGCACCGCAUCGCAUACCUCGAUGGCGACCACGAGUGGCUCGAGCUCGAUGCGAUGGACGAGACGCAGCUCCAAGUGCACAACGGCUCGUGGAUGAUGUAUGAAAAUUACUACCCAAGCGCAUUGGCGCUCAAGGCAGCGCUCUACGUGCACGUGCGGUUUCAGAUCUACUCGGUCGAGUACUUUUGCUGGCGCGCCGGCUGGAUCGAGUCGUUUGACGCUACACGGGACGUGUUUCGGGUCGUCUACGACGACGAUGCGAUGACCAUGGUCGAUGCUGACCUCUUUGCGUGCGAAGACGAAGUUCGAGUCCAGGACAAGCGGUCGCUGCAGUGGUUCCACUUGGGUACCUUCUUUUUUGGGCUCGGCGAUCCGACGCUGCGGGUCGCCGACUACCUCGCGUACGUCCCACCGGUCUACGAUGCGACGUACGAGGACGACGGUGCAAUCGAAUGGAACGCCGCCGAGUACGGAGGCGACACGACAGAGUAUGCUACCGAGUGGCAGGACGAGGUAGCAGCUUAUGACGAAAGCUUCGUCGCUGCAGCGGAUGCGUUUGCGACCGGCGACGCGACGGCUUUCGCAAGUCUGGACGAGCCGAAUGGCAUGGAGGCAGCAAACGACGGUGAUGACGAAGGCGAUGAAGACGAGGAAGAUGACGCAGACGAUGCGGAUGAAGAUGCUGACGACGACGAUGAUGCUUCCGACGACGAAGACGACACAUGACACGAGCAGUAUAUCGAUUAGAAAUCCAUACAGCGACCCUUCUUCUCCCA